AAGUACUUCCAACGCCCAUCGCCCACAGCUUUCCUUACAGAUAAAAGGGCUUCACGCAGACAUGACAGAACCAUGUCCAAAAACAAUGGAGGAGAUAUCAGAGACUGCUAAAGCUUACUACGCAAACUUGUCAGACAGGCAGAAGCGACUUGGGAAAGAAUUUUUCCAAGCAAUGGAUACAGAUGGAGAUGGCAAAAUCACGCUCGAAGAGUAUGCGCAGUGCAUUAAAGAAAAGAAAGGGUUCAAAACAAUUUCUUCUCCUGAUUUCUUUAAAAAGCUAGACAAAGAUGGAAACGGGACGCUGGAUUUUGAUGAAUUUAUCAUCGUUCACUACAUAUGCUCCACCGAAAGAGUUUACUUUUGUGAUGAGUGUAAAGUAUUUCUAGCUGGAGUUUACUUCACUUGCGUUCAGUGCUUCAAUGGCUCUGGUAAUACUUACGAUCUUUGCUCUUCUUGUUAUCGUGAUAAGAAUAUCAACCAUCAUAAGGAUGCUCUGUUUCUUGAUAAUUACACACUACUGCAAGCUAAGAGACAGCAAAAUAAGGCUUCUGGAAGUCAGAGGAAAAGUGGAGCUUCAGAGGCAAUCGCACUUGUUGAAACUACUUCUAAUGUUGUCAGCUCAUGCAUCCAAAUGUAGCAGUACUAAUAGACUCCAAUAUUCAAGAUUUUAGUUCAUGUGGUUUUUAUUCUUGAAUUGAACAGUUUUUGCAUUUCUUUUUCUUUUCAAUUGUGGGUUUGCGCAAUGGUUCUAUGAGGUAGAAAAAUGUAUGGACAGAGUGAGUGUUACGUUAUCCAUAAACUAAUAAAUCAAUUACAUGGUUUCAUUUAUUAA